CAACGGGCCUUACCCGCGCUGCCCUCGCCGCCCCGCCAGAACUACGCUUCCCAGAGUGCCCCGCGAGGGAUGGCGCCGGCGGCCGGUGCGGAGGGGGAGCGCGGAGGCGGCGGGUGACGGGAGGCGGCCUCGGUGCCCGGAGCAGGAUGUAUACUUUGCUGUCUGGGCUCUAUAAAUACAUGUUCCAGAGGGAUGAGUACUGCAUCUUGAUCCUUGGUUUGGACAAUGCUGGUAAAACGACAUUUCUUGAACAAACUAAAACUCGAUUUAACAAGAACUACAAAGGGAUGAGUUUAUCCAAAAUCACAACCACUGUAGGCUUAAACAUUGGUACUAUCGAUGUUGGCAAAACUCGGCUAAUGUUUUGGGAUCUGGGAGGCCAGGAGGAGCUGCAGUCUCUUUGGGACAAGUAUUACGCUGAAUCUCACGGAGUGAUCUAUGUCAUUGACUCCACUGAUGAGGAGAGGCUCUCAGAAUCUAAAAGAGCUUUUGAGAAGAUGAUUACUAGUGAAGCUCUGGAAGGAGUUCCCAUUCUGGUGUUGGCUAACAAGCAGGAUGUAGAGACUUGUCUGUCAAUACCUGACAUCAAGACAGCAUUUAGUGACUGCAUUAACAAAAUCGGGAAGAGAGACUGCCUGACACAAGCCUGCUCUGCUCUUACUGGCAAAGGAGUGAACGAGGGAAUUGAAUGGAUGGUGAAGUGCGUGGUGAGGAACAUUCACCGACCUCCAAGAAAGAAGGACAUAACGUAAGAAAUUCCACACCAGCCAAGAAAUGGACAGUCUCUUUCCACACAGUUUAGUGUUUUCUUCAAAGAAGGUGGUCCACCAGAUUUCUAUUACACCUGAUUCUUUCCUAAGUUUGGAGACAAACAUUCUCUUUCUGUGUCUAAAAAACUUGAGCAAAGAAUUCCAACUGGGGUGGAGGGCGAAUCUCCUACAUCAAAUACUAAGUCAUUGGCCUAAGAUCAUAGACUGUGUGGCAAUCCACACUUUAUUGCAGAUGCAAAGGACUUCAUUUUCUACUGUAUUACUCCGUGAUUCGUGGUUUAUUAGUCUAAUGGGCUAGAGGCCAGUAACACGGAACUCUCCUCCCUCGAAGGAACUGGGCAGGUGAAUAUGAAAGGGGAGGGAGCCUGGGGAACGCCUGUCGCUCCUGCCUGAGAAGACACCUUGCUGCUCCAGCCCCAUGGUUACUACAGGUGGUGUUACUGUCCCUGUUAUGCUGUUAAUUGUAUAACGGGGAGAGACAGUGUUGAUUAUAACUCAAUUUUCAGUUGGCACCUUGAUUCCUGACUUUUACCUGUGGUAAAUGGAAGCCAGCAUCAGCACAGUGGUACCCUGUUUAAAAAGGGUGUUCGUAACAGUACGGGAACUCCGGAAGCACUGCCUUGCUUUGACUGCCAGUCUCUCUGCCGUGCGUUCUCUUUAAUUGUAAGAAUAAUUGAUCAUCUCCUGUAACUGGAACAAAUUGAGGCCCUCUUUGUGUAAUUUCUAGGCCAAAAGCUGAACCUCUAGGCAGGGAGAAAUCAGUAUGCAAUAAAGUUUCCUGCUCCUUUGAACUUG